AUGGAAAUCAUGCAUGUUGUGUUCGUGUUGACUAUACUCUGUUUUGGUCUUGCAAAUGGCCAAAUCUAUGAUGUGCUUAAAUUUGGUGCUAAGGGAGAUGGCACAACCGAUGAUUCAGAGCCAAAGUUGUCUGCUACUCAACGGCCUACUCAAUUGCAUUUUCAAGGAUGCAGUAAUCUUCAGAUAACUGGAAUAACUUCAGUCAAUAGCCCAAAAAAUCAUAUUUCAAUCAGCAAUUGCAAAAAUGUUGUCAUAACGAAGAUAAAACUUGUUGCACCCGAUCUGAGUCCUAACACCGACGGAGUUGAUAUCUCAGGUUCAAGUAAUGUCAACAUAUUCGACACUAUCAUUGGAACUGGAGAUGAUUGUGUAGCUAUAAACACUGGAAGCAUAAAUAUCUACAUCACAAGGAUGUUUUGUGGUCCUGGGCAUGGAAUAAGUGUGGGAAGUCUUGGAAGAAAUGGCGAAGAAUCCGAAGUUGAAAAUGUCUUAGUGACUGACUGCACUUUCAAUAAGACGGAUAAUGGGGCAAGAAUUAAGACAUGGCCGAAUGGAAAAGGAUAUGCAAGAAAUAUAGCUUUUAAGAACAUCAAUCUCAUAGACACAAAAAAUCCGAUUAUAAUCAACCAAAAUUACAUAGAUAAGGGACGUAUUCUUGACGUUGAGAAAUCAGCAGUGGCAAUUAGCAACGUGACAUUCACAGAUAUUCAUGGAACGUCACAACUCGAUGAGAUUGUGAAGAUAGAUUGCAGCAAAGUCACAUAUUGCAAAAAUAUCAUUCUAGAUCAAAUCGAUAUUACAACGGUCAAUGGAAAGAAGCCCAUCGUUGAAUGCAAUAACGUAUAUGGAAAGUCGAGCAAUGGUAACGAGAUUGAUGGUUGUUUCAUGCAACAAUAA